AUGUCUAAUCAGUCUUAUCUCGGACUUCCGCCUGUACCUGCAGACCUAAAGUCCAUCACGCCGUAUCUGCAGCGCGCGGACGAGCUAAAGGUGCAGGAUCCUGUGGUCGCGUAUUGGUGUGCAUACUACGCCGCCCAGCAAGGCAUCUCUUUGAAGGCGCUGGGCCCUGCUAACCGAAAUUUCCUGUCGACGUUGCUCACUGCCCUGGAGAACCUCCGCGCAACGAUCGGACCUUCGGAUGCUAUCAAUGUGGAGUCGGUCGCCGGUGUAUACGUAGAAGAUUUUGCGCUUCGAGUCUUCAAUGUUGCGGACAAUGAGGACCGAAAUGGCAAGGCGAAUCGUAGUACCGCAAAGAAGUUUCUGGCCGCCGCCACAUUUCUCGAGGUCAUGAAGGUUUUCGAAGAUAAGCAACUCUGGGAAUCGCACGCGGACAAAGCGCGCUAUGCGAAGUGGAAAGCCGCUGACAUCGCGAAGGCCCUGCGGGAAGGGCGUGCCCCGACUGCAGGCCCCGCGGGUGUCGAUGCUACCACUCCACCCGAGAUCGCACCCUCUCAAUCGUUUCCUCAUAUGAUAUCUCCUGCCCCUUCGUCAUCGACGGUUCCUACACUUCCACCUCCUCCGCCCGAGAUGUCUUCAGCAGCAGCUGCCGCACAGGACGACCGUUACAAUGCCGUGCGUCGAGCAGCAGAGUCUUCUCAGACUCUCAGCACCCAAGCCAUUGCGGGUGAUCCCAGAUCAACCGCGUCAAGCGGCGUUGCCACCAGCAAACCCCCUCCGGCCUCUAUCUCCUCCUCUGCUACCCUGGCUAGUGGGCCUCUCCAGACCGUUGGAGAAGAGGACGGCGUCGUGGCCUCAGGUGCACCGCCUUCACCGCCGUCCUCCGCGGGGUCGGGAUCGUCGCGUCGGCGGCGUCGCGCAGGAUCGGUGGUGUCUCCACCGUCGGUCAGCACUGGUACGAACCACACCCGAAAUAGGACGAAUUCGAUGGGCUCGGUCUCAUCGCGGUCUCCUGCGCGAAUCGGGUCGCCAACUCACUUCGUGCCACGCGAUUCGCCGCCCUCGACGCAAUUAUUCAUCGCCGCCAACACGCCGUCCGUGACGCAGAAUGUACAAGGUGCAUCGGCGACGCCGGCGAGCCUCGGACCGUCUGCUCCGCCGUCCGCCAUCUCCCCGUCCGGCCUGCCGCUUCAUGCAUCUCAGUCGUUCCCCGUUCCUUCGGCUCCCCCGUAUUACAGCGCACAAUCCGCUCCUCACUAUGGCUACGCCCCACCUCCACCCCCGCCUGCGCAACCCAGUCCUCCACCUGAGCUGACACCAUCAGUCAUCGCAAAGGCGCAGAAGCAUUGUCGGUUCGCGAUCUCUGCCCUCGAUUACGAGGAUGCAGAGCAGGCGCGGAAGGAGCUCAGGUCUGCGCUGGCCCUUCUGGGAGGCUGA